UGGUUUAGGAACCAAAGCACUAUUGAACUAUUAAAUGAAGCUGAAAAUUCGACUACGAGAAAUCCCGUAGUCGCAAAAACUCGAGUGGGAGAAAAACCCCAGUCGCCAAAACUCUAUGAAAAUCGUGAAAAAUUGCCAAACGGUUUGAGAGGAUAUUAUGUACAUAGACUUCUUGUAAAUGCUGUUGCAAUGUGGGCUUCGCCUCGUUAUGCUUGGUAUAUUUACAGACUUCUUGACGAAAUUCAUAGACAAGAACGUGAAGAGAUGGAAAACAAGCUUGAAGCAAAAGACAAAAGCAUUCAGAAAAGAAUACCACGUUCGGUACCAAAAGGAAAGGAAAAGAACUAUAAGUAUAUGAUUUAUACUGAAGAGAUGGAAAAUCAAGAAGAUAAAGAUAUGGUUAUGUUGCAUUUAGUCAGAAGAAACAACAAAAGCUUUUAUGACCUUGCUAAGAUUUACAAAUCUGACAGAAAUUGGUUCUAUCGCGAAAACUUACCGAUUUCAAUGACCCCAAAUAAAGAUGUGAAACAAAUAGUUCAAGAUACGUUACCUCAAACACACUAUGAUAUGAAAGGUUGUACAAUACUUACCUUCAAAGAAGACUUACCGCUACUGAAAGAAAAAAUAACAGAGUAUUUUGACAACUUCAAACAAGUAGGGUAG